UUGAAAAAAGAAAAUGGUGGUGAAAGGGCAUUAUGGUCAGACGGGGAGCUGAGGGAAUAAAUUGAAAGAUUUUGAAGCAGGGUUCAGCUUAAAUAACACGCCAUCUGUUAUCUGUUGCAUCUCUCUCUUCUGUCUUCAAACGCGGAAUUUUCUGACUCCUCUCCUUUUACAUUCAUAUUGGAAAAUUUUUGGAAGAUUUCAAUCUCUGAAGAACGAAGGAAAAGCGACUACAAAUGGCAGAUCAACUUACCGAUGAUCAGAUCUCCGAAUUCAAGGAAGCCUUCAGCUUGUUCGACAAAGAUGGAGAUGGUUGCAUUACCACAAAGGAGCUUGGGACCGUGAUGAGAUCGCUGGGACAGAACCCAACUGAGGCAGAGCUCCAGGACAUGAUUAAUGAAGUUGAUGCUGAUGGGAAUGGAACUAUUGAUUUCCCUGAGUUUCUCAAUCUCAUGGCCAGGAAGAUGAAAGACACGGACUCCGAGGAGGAGCUGAAAGAGGCCUUCAGAGUUUUUGACAAGGAUCAGAAUGGUUUUAUUUCUGCUGCUGAGCUACGCCAUGUGAUGACAAACCUCGGCGAGAAGCUUACAGAUGAAGAAGUUGAUGAAAUGAUAAGGGAGGCAGAUGUUGAUGGUGAUGGCCAGAUAAAUUAUGAGGAAUUUGUCAAAGUCAUGAUGGCAAAGUGAUCAACCUAGUCCCACCAAAACUGAAAACAAUGGAAGGAUUUCUAUUUUCCUUUUAAUUUUUAUUUUAUUUUGUUUUGUUUUUGUUAUUUUGGGAAAAUUUUAUCUAAUGUUGUUGAAUCAGGCUCUUUAAAGGCAGUUGUGAGAUCUAUCCGGGGUGGUCGACUGUUGGGUUUUACUCUUAAUGUGAUGUUUCUAAUGAAUUGCUAAACACAAUUGCCUUUGGCACUUUGUUUUCGUUUUUGUAGUCUCUUUUGAAUUUGAACUUACUUUGGAGGAUUCAGUGCAAUGUGCUGGAUUUUUGGAUUA